UCCCUCACUUCAUAUAAAACAGAGAUAAAGAGAUAGAAUGGAAGGAGAGAUGGCCAAAAAUUCUUCUUUAUUCGAGACAUAUGGAACAAAGGGAAGGACACUCUACAAGCUCUAUGCAAGCUUUAUUUUCACAUGUAUCUUAUCUAUACUGUUCUAUAGACUCACUCACAUCCCUUUAGAACAUUAUAGUUGGACAUGUGCAUGGAUUUCUUUGUUUGCAUCAGAACUAUGGUUUUCUUUCUAUUGGAUUCUAACCCAGUCAGUUCGUUGGAAUCCAAAUCAUCAUCAAACCUUCAAACAGACGCUCUUGCAAAGACAUGGGAAUGAACUUCCCGGAGUAGAUGUAUUUGUUUGCACUGCCGAUCCGGUUGCCGAGCCGCCGGCUUUAGUGAUGUCUACAGUGUUAUCGAUGAUGGCUUACGAUUAUCCAAAAGAGAAAUUGAGCGUGUAUCUUUCAGAUGAUGCUGGUUCAGAGCUUACAUUUUAUGCUUUAUGUGAAGCAUGCAAGUUUGCAAAGCAUUGGAUUCCAUUUUGCAACAAUUUUAAUGUUGAGCCAAGGUCACCAAAUGCAUUUUUCUACAAGCCCUGUCAUUCUUCUUCUAAUUUGCCUAUCACUAAGGAGUGGUCCAAAAUGAAGGACAUGUAUGAAGAUAUGAUUAACAACAUUGAUUUUGUUGUUAAACAAGGCAAUGUUCCUCAAGAGUUCAAACAACAACAAGCAUUUUCUAAAUGGACUCCACAAAUGACUUCAGGAAAUCAUGAUGCCAUUAUUCAAAUUUUAGUUGAUGGAAAUGGUAAAAAUUCAAUUGAUAUUGAGAGAAAUUUAUUACCAAGAGUAAUUUAUAUGGCGAGGGAGAAGAGGCCUCAAUACCAUCACAACUUCAAGGCAGGAUCUAUGAAUGCUCUGAUAAGAGUUUCAUCAAAGAUUAGCAAUGGUCCAAUAAUAUUGAAUGUAGAUUGUGACAUGUAUUCAAACAAUUCACAAUCAAUUAAAGAUGCAUUGUGCUUCUUUCUUGAUGAAGACAAGGGACAUGAAAUUGGGUUUGUCCAAUACCCUCAAUGCUUUGACAACAUCACUAAGAAUGAUUUAUAUGAGAAUUCCCUCAAUGUCAUCAGCAAGAUUGAGCUUCCUGGAUUGGAUAAUUGGGAGGGAACACUAUAUAUUGGAACAGGGUGCUUUCAUAGAAGACAAGCUCUUCAAGGUAGAAAAUAUACUAAAGGUUACAUUGAAGAUUGGAAUAGAGGAGUUGAUAGAACAUGUGUGGAAAGCGCUUGUGUUUUGGAAGAGUGUGUAAAACAUCUUGCUAGUUGCACCUAUGAGCAUAACACCCUGUGGGGUAAAGAGAUGGGGUUGAGAUAUGGGUGUGCAGUGGAGGAUAUUCUGACAGGGAUAACAAUGCAUUACAAUGGAUGGAAGUCCAAAUACAUGUAUUCUAAAAGGAAGGGAUUCUUAGGAGUAGCACCCACAACAUUGGAACAAACUCUAGUGCAAUACAAGAGAUGGGGUGAAGGUAACUUACAGAUAUUCUUAUCAAGGGAUAGCCCUCUUUUAUUUGGUCAUCAAAAGAUCAAGUUCGGUGCUUGCAUGGGUGUUUCAAUAAGCAAUCUUUGGGCAGCUAAUGCAUUCCCUACUCUUAAUUAUCUUCUCAUCCCUCCUCUUUUUCUACUCAAUGGCAUCUCUUUAUUCCCAAAGGUAUCAUCUCCGUGGUUCCUACCGUUUGUUCUUGUGUUUGUUGCCAAGCAUACAUACAGCCUGAUUGAGUCACUAUAUUCUGGAAAUACAUUCAAAGGAUGGUGGAACUCACAAAGGAUGUGGGUCUUGAAGAGAAUAACCUCAUUCCUUUAUGCCACCAUUGACAACAUCUUGAAGCUCUUUGGUGUAUCUAAGUUAGCAUUCACCAUCACGGCCAAGGUCAACGAUGAAGAUUCCUCAAAACGGUAUGAUCAAGAGGUCAUGGAUUUCGGUUCAACCUCUUCGAUGUUUGUGAUCAUCAGCACUGUUGCAUUGAUCAAUCUUUUCUGCUUGUUUGGUGGAGUUAUGAGAAUGAUACUGAAUAAUGAAGGUAGUAAUGAUGAUACAUUGUUGAUUCAAGUAGUGCUUUGUGGAUUAGUAGUGGCAAUCAAUGUGCCAAUCUAUGAAGGGCUAUUUUUACGUAAAGAUAAGGGUUGCAUGCCAUACUUGGUCACCUUUGUUUCACUAGGAAUUUCAAUGCCUGUUUGCAUGCUUAGCAUGCAUGGUUUAAGUUGUACCUGAUUAGAAGUUAGUAGUUGAUUAUCUAUUUGUAUUUAUUUGUUUGAAGUUUGUAUGUUGCCAUUUUAUAA